AUGUCAGAGAACUUGAAAAGGGCCGAAUCAUUGUUUAAUAGAAUCAUGAACCAAAAUGGAAUGAGCGGAAGAACAGAUAGUAAUAGCUCGUCGAGUAAGAACGUUGCAAACCCGAACUAUAACCAGAGCAAUAAUACCAGUCAUAAUAAUAGUAAUGGUCAUAAUGCCAGUGGCCAGAAUAAUCAUUCACAAUCACAGAAUAAUCACCAUAGUCAUAGUCAUCAUAAAACAUACAAAUAUAAUAAAGCAUCUAAUUAUAACAACAAUUUUAAUGGGCAAUUCAACCAGCCUGCCAAUAUCGAUUUGCCGAAAAGAGACCCAUUGAAGUUAUCGCAAGAGACCUUAGAUGACAUCCCAGAGAAUCAUCAUGUUUUGCCGUACUGUUGGACCAUAUGGCAUCAUUCGAGAUCAAGACCGAAACAAAAGGAGUUAAUCAAUAUCAAUCCUGAACCUGUGAGCGAGGAUGCUAAUAGCGAGGACAGUGGACAACAAGCAGCGGCCGCUGUCGAUUCGUACUUACAGACAACGAACGAAAUCGAAUUUUCAGCUGUCCAUGAUCAGAAAGCAUCUACCAAGAAUAUUGGAUCUUUAGAACAAUUAUGGUUGAGCAUGUCUUCGCUCAAAAAGACCUACGAAUUAGCCAUUGGUACUGAAUUGUUAAUUUUUAAGAGUGGGAUCAAUCCAGUGUGGGAGGAUCCUAUGAAUACCAAAGGGGGUAGAUGGGUGUUCAGGUUUAAUCGCCGCUCCAACACCGGUAGUAAUGCGUCUAACAUAAAUGACAAUGAUACGGUUCUGAAAGUUAGACAGAGAACGAGCUUGAUUUGGGAAAGAUUGUUGAUCAAAACUAUUACAGGAUCGAUCAUUCCAGAGGGUAACUAUUCCGAGGAGAUCCAGGAAUUACUUUUGAAUGACAUCUGCGGUUUGGUUUUAAGUGUUAGAAAAGAUGAAGAUAUCAUCAGUAUUUGGAACUGCAACUUGAACUUCAAUAAAAAGAGAGUCAACCCGGAAGAAAAAGAUGAAGACAGGAAGAACCAAACAAAGAAAUUGACCUCGUUCCAGGCCAGAAGAAUAAUUUGUGAUUCUAUUUUAAGAGUUAUCAGAGAAUGCGACUUGAUUUCCCAAGGUUCCGAUUGUAUCAGCACCUUAGACUCUGGUUCGAACGAGAGGGUUUUUGGAGUUUCUUUUGAAUACAGACUUCAUUCCGAUAACAACAAUCCUUCUAUUAUAAAUAAUGGUGGCGAAGGUAAGUAUAACCGUCGUUUUACCAAGCCGUACCAUAGCCAUAACCAUCAUAAUCAAAAUCACUCUAAGAAUGAUUCAGAUAACUGA